AUGGGUGGCAAAAAGAAAAAAACCAUGGCCAAUAAAUUGGCGAAAAUGUCCGACGAAGAAAGAGCUCGUUACAUGCAACACAGGGCAGAGAUGGAAGAGGAGGCCAAACGGAGAAAAGAACAAUUAAUAGCAACAUUCAUGAAGAAAAAAAUAAAGAAAGAAGAGGCUUUUUCGAGACUGAACUUGGCCAAAAUCAACCAAAACUGGCACCAAAUACUCCGCAAGAUAAAAUGCAAGGAAAUGAAAGAAAACGUAAAAAACCUAAAAGAGUGGAUAGAGCGUCUCAUAGACUACAAAAACCGCACCAUCAGGAACCUCACGAAGCACCUCGAAGAAAUCGAAGAGGACUACCUCAACAACUACAACACUCACAUGAAGCACGUGGAAAACAUGCUGAAGGACCAGUUCGAGUACGUCCGAACGUUGCAAGACCAGUACCAAAAGGACGUCUCUAAUCUACUGGCCUCUUCCCGAAAGGAAUGGGACGAGCUACGCGCCAACGCCGAGGAGGACGAGAACUUCCUCAAAACCGUCCUCUAUCGACAACACAUCGACGAAACCGCCAUGAGAAAGGAACUGGACGAGUACCGGGUCAGGUACUACGAGACCAAAAACGAGUUCGAAUCGGCCAUGCGGGACUUGAGGGAAUCCCACGAGAAACGUUGCUCGGCCAUGUGGAGGGAAAUAGAAGAUCAAAUUACUCGAUAUGUCGAACAAAUCGAAGCAAAAAGGACGGGGUACGAUGAAUUAUUGAGGGCGGACAUCGAAGAUGCCGAGGAAAUUAGAGAAAACGAGGAACAUAUAAGGCAAAUAAAGAGAGAAAAUAAUAGCAUAAAACAAUCCAUCGACCAUCUCAAAACAUCCCGAAACUCCAAACUUACAUCGCUAAUCUCGGAAUUGGAGGAAACCAAGAAAAUACAUUUCGAAAUGCGCGAGGUUCUCAAAAAAGACUUGGAAAACGAUCGCAGAAAACUGGCCGUCCUGUCGGAAUCCUCCAAACAAACCAUCGAGUACCUGAAAAACGUGCUGAGAAGAGGCCAGAGCAUGAUGAAUUUGGCGCAGAAUUGCGACAAAUACGAAACCGAAAAGGAGAAACUGAUGCGUUGGGUCUCCUUUACUCAAGCUAAUAGACAAGAAGACGAAGAUAACGAUGCCGUCCCAGCAUCUGAAUCGCCCUCCAAAACCCCGCCGAACAGAGACCCGGAGAUCGACCUCACGUCCGUUCGAAACGUCGUUUUCAACGACAAACAACCGGCCGAAACUCCAUCGCCGGAGGAGCCCGGGCGAGCCGGGAGCUUCCUGGACGAUUGCGCGAGGAGUCUGGAGCCGAUGGAGCGCUUCUGGUCGAGUUGCAGCCGCGCCGAGGCGGACUGCGUCGAAUUGAAAGAGGAGAAACGCGCGCUGGAGGCGGAGAACAAGCAGCUGCGCGACAUGAUGGGGGCCGUGCUGGAGGCGGCGGCUUUGGCGAGGAGUACCAUACCGAACAGCAGGGUGUCCACCAGAGUACCGUCGAGGAAGAUCAGCGCUUGUUCGGCGACUGCUAAGAGAGCUGGAGUGAUACCGGCAUCGAUGGACAUCCUGUAG